AAGGACCUAACAACCUACUUUUGCCAUCCUUGGAAUUAGUUCCACUAUUUAAAAUCCGAGUCUUUUCAUUCGGUCCCGCCAUCCUACGGAAAGCUUAAGAGGCACCAGUCGGACGGUUUCACUCUGUGGCUCCGCUCACUGGCGCUGCAAUGGCCGCUUCGGAGCUGGAAGUUGCAUUUUUUAUCGAUACUGAUUUCGGCACCCGCCUGGCUGUUGCCGUUCCCCCAGACAUCGCCGCCGGAGCUUUAAAGAGUGAGCCCAAGAACCGAUGAAAAACAACUGCUCUUCUCUUUUCCUCUUCUUUCACUCCGUUUAGAAAUAGCUAUGUGGGCGUUUUGUUUUUUCUCUCUUUCAUCCGAGAAAUACCCCAUUUCAGAAGACUGUUCAAUCUAUUUGAGGAUUUUGACUGUUUAUCUUUCUGGGUUUUAAAAGAGCUCUACCAAAUCCUUUAGGUUUUUCUUUAUGCCUUGUUCAGAUUCUGGGUUCUUCCUCAUUUUUCUGCAGUAAUGGCAUUUCUGCUGCUUACUUUCCGGUUAAAAGUUGCAUUUUGUUUGUUCAUUAUGAAUAUAUGAUUGCUUAUAUCUAUUUUUCUCUGUGUUUGAUUUCUUAGGGGUCUUUUGUUACUUUACUGUUUCUCGUUUCCAUCCUCUUGUUUACAAUUUUCGCGAAGCAAACACACUACCAAAUGGCCCUGAGGGUCUUGGUUAGGUUCAAUGUUUAAAGUCUAAUGUCCCUGUUUUCAAAACACUUUAUUGGUCAUUAUUUAUCUCUCAUUCUUCUGACUGGGAGAUUUUUUUUUUAUAAUUGUAUUGUUAUAGUUAGCUUCCUUUGUUUUUUGUUUUAGUUCCUUUUGUCUUGAUCUUUCCUUUUUGUAUUUCCCUAGUCUAUUUGUUCGGGCUUCUCUAUGAAUCUUUGUUUUUUCUCGGAAAAAAGGCUAGUUUUAAGAUACGGAUCAUGGUUUUAAUAAGUUUGGAUUUAUAUGACAUUUGGAGUUAAGAAGAUUGGGUUUGUAGAUAUAUAUAUGUUGAAAUUUUACAAAAGAAGAAGUUGCAAAAUUCAGGAUUACUGUACUAUGUGUUUGGUUUGUGAGUUUAUAUGACUUCUGAAAGUUUGUAUGGACGGUGAGUUUCCUGAACUUUCGCUUGUUUAACAUGAAAUUGUAUAGCUUAGCUAGUGGACUUAAGAAUUAACAAACCUGUAGCUGUAGUGUGAGAUAAGCAAUCCAGAUACCUGACAUAAGUUUGGCUUCUGAAGUAUGAAUUACAUGGUUAACACGUAACUUGUAAGUCAAAUUUUGUUCUUAACGAUUCAUGUUUAGGAUUGAUUUGAAAUGGUGAGGUUAGGUUUUGGUGUGUUUUGACAUUUUGUCUGUCCUUGUAUUCUUUUAUUUUUGUUUUCUGGAUGAAAGCAAUUCUUUCUAGAUAAAAAGGCUCUAAAUUCACUUUCUAAAUAUCUAUAUUUGUCAAUGUUUAUAAUCAUUCUGGACACACGCAUUUAAUAAUUCAAGAUCAAUUUUGGGGAUGUGUUUGGAGUUGUAGAACCAAACAUUAAAGUGACUUUGAGUGAUUUUGAAUGUAACAAAAGUAAUUCUAACCAUUUCAAAAUCAUUUGUCCUUAACAUUGUUUCUACACUUGGACACUCGAACUUUUAAGUCGAGGAUGAAAGAUUUUAUUCCAUGUCAUGCGGGCUUAUGCCACCUCAGAUGCAAAGUUGCGUGCAUAAUGUCUAUAAUCUACAGUGUCUUUACUGUUUUGCCUGCUGAUCGCAAACUUUUUCCAGGGGAAGUUGAGAGAGUACAUUUUAACUGUUUCCCAAGUAUAGGAGAGAUCAAGGUGGAUGGAUUCAUGGUGAAGCAAAACUCGAACUUCUACCAUUUGCCCGACACGUUGCUCACAAAACUCGCUUCCCGACUGGAAGUGAUGCAGUUUCUUCAUGUCAAAGCACGGCCUUUGAAUGAGUUUAUUGAGCCUUGUAUACCUGAAAAUGCCAAUUGUUCCCCCAACCUAAACUAUGCCACUUACCCUAUGGAAAGACGAGGCUACAUGGGAACUGCCUGCAAGAGUAAAAUCAGAAUCAAUGGCAAGAAACAUAUUAGAAAAAGGUUCCAAAGGCAGAAUUGCUUAUCAAGACUAGUUGGCCGAGGCGUCUUAGCCUGGAAUACAAGGAGAAAGAGGAAAAUAACUAACAAAAAACAGGUUUUAGAGCACAUGGAAAAGAAUUCUGAUACGAAGGGUCUGAUAAAAGAUGUGGAUAAUCCCAAUGGUUCGAUUGAUACAUUGUCAUACCAUUGUGUGCCAAAUGACGAAGUGAGGACCACAAAACGAAGGUUGGCAAGCUCCUCAUUGGUAGAGGCAGCCACAGACAGUGAGUUGUCCUCUGAAGCCAUGUCUGUUUCUAGUAUCAUAAAAAGAUAUUUUUCGAGCAAUGACAUAGAGAGCAGCAUUUCAAACCAAUCAAGAUGCGAUAUUACUCAAAUUCGGCCAGAAGAGUAUUUAAAGAUGAAGAAGAAUAUGGGAAGAGGCCCAAGCUUAUUACCUUUGAAAGUUCCAUUUAAACCAUGUCCUCAAAAGGCUGAGAGAUCUAAGCUUGGGAAAAGGCUGGUGAUGGCUUCAUAUAAUCUUGGGAUUUCUCCCAUCAGGGGAAGACCAGAAAUUUCACUUUGUAAUGCUAAAGGUAAAAAGUUUCAAGAAAUGAUGACUUUAGCUAAAAGUUCUUGUUUUGAGAUAAGUGACAGUGAAGAUUGAACUUAAUUAUGAGAUUACUUUUGUUUCCACAAGUAUAUAGCAAUAUAAGGAUGAAUUUCUUGGGUUUUGUUUUUAA